AACAGAUAUGGAUGUAGAACCUAUGUGUAGAACAAGUAAUGUCACACCGUCCACACCAUCAUAGACGGUAAAAGAUAAGUUUGCCAUGCAUUUCUGCAAAUAUAUUUUUUAAAGAUAUGAUCCAUGCAGUCCAGUCCAUAAGUACAUUACCUCCUGUUUUCCCAGCUGUCAGCGUUUAAAUGUUACUAAUUAAUCAACGGCUGGUGAAUAGGCCUAUAGCUAAACGGAUAACGCUUUGUUAAACUGUACAACGGUUACGGAACUACCUGUUAAGCCACGAUGCCAGUAUUCUGCAGCAGCUGUGAAAGCAGGAGAGCGGCGCUGAAGCGUCCGAAAACCGGGCACUCUGUCUGCAAAGAAUGCUUCUUCUGGGCAUUUGAAGAGGAGGUGCACCACACCAUCAUGUCUGCGCGCCUCUUUAGCCGCGGCGAGACGGUGGGCAUUGGAGCGUCGGGCGGAAAGGACUCCACAGUGCUGGCCCACGUGAUGAAGGUUCUUAACGAGCGCUACGACUACGGCCUCACCCUCCUCCUGUUGUCUGUGGACGAGGGCAUCACGGGUUACCGCGACGACUCUCUGGAGACGGUGAAGAGGAACCAGCAGCAGUACGACCUGCCGCUAAAGAUCGUGUCCUACGAGGAGCUCUACGGCUGGACCAUGGACGCCAUCGUCAAGCAGGUGGGACUCAAAAACAACUGCACGUUCUGCGGGGUGUUCAGAAGGCAGGCGCUGGACAGAGGAGCCAUGAUGCUGAAGGUGGACAAGAUCUGCACAGGUCACAACGCGGACGACGUGGCGGAGACGGUUCUGAUGAACGUGCUGCGCGGCGACAUCGCCCGUCUGCGGCGCUGCACGGCCAUCAGCACGGCGAGCGAGGGCGACGGUGUGAUCCCGCGCUGCAAGCCGCUCAAGUACGCCUACGAGAAGGAGAUCGUGCUCUACGCCUACUUCAAGAAGCUGGACUACUUCUCCACCGAGUGCAUCUACUCGCCCAACGCCUACCGCGGACACGCGCGCACCUUCCUCAAGGACCUGGAGGCGGUGCGGCCCAGCGCCAUCAUGGACGUGGUCCACUCGGGCGAGCACCUGUCGGUGCGCGAGGGCGUGCGCAUGCCCGUGCAGGGCACCUGCGGCCGCUGCGGGUACAUCUCCAGCCAGGCGCUCUGCAAGGCCUGCGUGCUGCUGGAGGGGCUCAACCGCGGCCUGCCGCGCCUCGGCAUCGGCAAACACCACCGGCUCCACGGCAAGAUCCUGGCGCAGGAGCCGCUCACCGAGCGGGAGGAGCGCAAGCUGCGGCCCGUCGAUUUUUGAGCCGGGGAUUUCGGACCGAACCAAGUACUAGGCUCAAACUCAAAAGCCCUGCUGGUUGCUCAGCCCGGACCGAACCAAGUACUAGUCUCAAACUUAAAAGCGCUGCUGGUCACUCAGCCCAGCCUGGACCGAACCAAGUACUGGUCUCAAAGCCAAAGCCCUGCUGGUCGUUUAGCCACUGGCACAGGUCUAAGUCAAGUCUACCAUUUGGUCUAAACCUCACGUUGACAAACGAGCAUGGCGUUCAAGAGCUGGGAGACACUGGUGUAAAACACUCAUGUCACGCUAAUUUAGACCAACCCAUAUGCCGGUUCUUUUAGAGUAGGCCUUGCCAUUGCUGGUGUGAAACUGGUGAAAUUUAUUCAAUGAGACACUGGUUCAGGUGAAACUGCUGCUAAUAUGAAGUAUUAGCUUUAAGGAGACAUCAAGACCACCAGGUCUUAUUUUUUUUAUUUGACAUAUCACAAUGGUUAUUUUCAGAGAUGUUUUAUUAUUUAGGAUUUUGUUGUUUUAUGCAUGACACAUGGUCUGUUAGUCUUUCCCAUUUCUGACACAGUUUUUAUUAUGCACUAAAAAUAUGCUUGAGACACCUGAUUGUGUUUUGACUAAUUUUAUUUUAUUUUAUUUUCCCUUUCCAUAUCUCAAUAAUCUCAGCCCUCCAGUGUUUAUAAUUAUCACACCUACUGUACCUCUCCCCUGAUGAUUCGUUUGGUCUGUGUUUUCAUGUUGUUCUUAUGAACUGGACUACAUGACCUUUUAUUGGCCAGCAUAGUCCUGCUCCAUCAGAAAAUGGUCCAGUCUCUUGUCAGCUGCUGAAUUAUUUCAGGAGGGUUUUCAAAGUGUGUGGUUUAGUGAUGAACCUUGGCAAGCUGAAUAUUAAGAGCUGUGUGGCUUUGUUUCGCCAGGAGAGUGGUGCCAUAGGGCUCCUUUAUUAGAUCUACCUCUAACCCUCUCAAGACUCAUGCUUAGAAUACCUCAGAGGUCCCGGUCGCUUUGCCCCGAGUCCGACCUUCAAGCUUGUCUGUGUCCAUGGCUGUGUCUGAGGGUGUGUGGGCUUGUGUGAGGAAGUGUGUCGAGCCACUUAUGUUGAUUUGGCAUAUCCCAAUAAACUCUUAAUAAACCA